AUGGACUUCACGGGCAACUUCCACUUCACGGCCGCCCAGCCAUACCACCAGUUCAUGCCCAUCCCACCGCUGACCCCGUCACACUCGCAUUCUGCACCAUCCGACGAUUUCAAUGCGUCCUCACCUGACAACUUUGAUGGUCCUCCUCACCACAAUGACCACCGAUACAACGGCUUCGACUUUUCGCAACAGGGUUUCUCUCAGCCGCCUCCACAGCAGGCCUCGUCCAGCUUCACUGCAACAGCCGGAGGUCCUCCAACGCCUCCAGGCCAAGCCAUCUUUGCACAACCGCGGCCGUCAGUGUCAGGCGCCCCUCCCACGAGCAAUGGCAUCAACGGAGCGAGCGACUAUGGGAGCAUUGAGCAGGCGGCCAGCGAGUUUGUCGCGCGGGCCAAGUCUGAGGUGGACGACCUCAGCAACGGGCGUGCAGGCAGCGAGGAGGAGAACAUGACGCCCGCGCAGCAGAAGCGCAAGGCCCAGAACAGAGCUGCUCAGCGAGCGUUUCGCGAGCGAAAAGAGAAGCACGUCAAGGAUCUCGAGGUCAAACUCGCCGAGCUCGAAAACAGCCAGCAGCGGUCCUCCGCCGAGAACGAGCGUUUACGACGCGACCUGCACAGGAUGAUGACAGAGAAUGAGAUUCUACGCGCGACAUCAGGCAGCGUCACCGGGCCGCCGGCCUCCUCGCAACCGCCGGACCCCACGACGACGGGCCCCAUGCGGUAUAGCCCGACCGACUUUGCCUCGAAUCUACUGUCCGGCCACAAUAACCAGACCUUCUCCCAUCGUAUUGUGCAGACGGCCGAUGGGCAGCGGUUACUUGCGGCCGGUGCGUCGUGGGACUAUAUCAUCUCGCACGAGCUCUUCCAAAAGGGUCAGAUUGACAUUGGGAGCGUGAGCGAAUAUCUCAAGACACGGGCCCUGUGUGACGGCCAGGGGCCCGUGUUCUCCGAAAGGGACGUUGUCGAUGCCAUCCAUGCAAGCGCGUCUCACGGAUCCGAUGAUCUCUUGUGA